UUCCCGGUGCCGACAGGGAUGUCCCGUUCCCGGCAGCCCGGCGGCAGCCUGAGCAGGACGUGGUGCCGCCGCGGCCCCGCCGUGCCCCGAGCCCCGACCCGCUCGGCCCCGUCCUCGCAGCCGCGCUGCCAGGGGAGCCUCCUCGGCGGCUCGGUCAGGGCAGCACUGAGCCGGCUGCCCCGGCUCUGGCCGGGCAGGAUUUCCCCAGCCCGGGUGAAUUCCCCGCAGUGAGAACGUGCCAGCGGUAAAGCCCUGGAGCCCGCGCGCCGAGGCGGGCUCGGGGAACUGCGGGCUGGGGACCCCGGGUGACAAAUCCUGCCGCGGUGACCUUUCGCUGAGCAAGUUCCCCUGCGAAAAGCACCUCGCCGCGGCUGUGCCGCGCCUUUCCCCCCACGGCGUUUGUCCUGCCGCCGCCCACCCUUCCCGGCCUCCCCCUUCGCGUGUCCUCGGGAAGGCGCCACGGGACGCGGGGUGGCUAUGGCACUCUGUGCGCAGUCUCUGGAGAUACAGCCAGAACUUUUCGUUCACAUGGCAGCAGCAAACUCUUCUCCACCUGGUUCUUUGGAUGUAAGCCAGCCUGGGUUUGCAAAGGAGAUCCUGGGAACUAAACUGGAGGUCAAAUACCUCUGCUCUGAUUGCAAGAACAUCCUGAGGCGGCCGUUCCAGGCGCAGUGUGGCCAUCGCUACUGCUCCUACUGCCUGAAGAAAAUCAUCAGUGCUGGACCUCAAAAGUGUGCCAGCUGUAUCCAGGAAGGAAUAUACGAAGAAGGAAUUUCUAUUUUGGAAACAAGCUCGGCUUUCCCCGACAACGCGGCGCGGCGGGAGGUGGAGAGUCUGCCAGCCAUGUGCAUCAACAGCGGCUGCACCUGGAGGGGCACCAUCAAAGAGUACGAGGCUCAUGAUGAAGUCUGCCCUGAAUUCCCACUGACUUGUGAAGGCUGUGGGAAGAAGAUUCCCAGGGAGAAGUUUCGGGACCAUGUGAAGACCUGUGGCAGAUCCAAAGUGCCUUGCCGGUUCGAGGCUGUGGGCUGUGCUGAGGUGGUGGAAAAUGAAAAGCUCCUGGAACAUGAAAGCAAGUGUUUGGCGGAGCAUCUCUACAUGCUGCUGAGCUCUGUGCUCAGCCUCAGGGCUGGUGUUGGGGACCUGAAACCUCUUCCUGCACUUUCGUCAUCACAAAACAACUCCCCGCUGCUGGCAGCAAACUCACUGUGCUCAGAGUCAGAGCUCUCCCGGUCCCUGCAGCUCUUAGGAAGGUGUGAGGCCCUCGAGAGGAAAACAGUGACCUUUGAGAACAUUGUCUGUGUGCUGAACCGGGAGGUGGAGAGAGUGUCCCUGACAGCCGAAGCCUACAGCCGCCAGCACCGACUGGACCAGGAGAAAAUCGAAACGCUGAGCAACAAGGUCCGGCAGCUGGAGAGGAGCAUCGGGCUCAAAGACCUGGCCAUGGCAGAGAUGGAGGAGAAGAUCCGCAACAUGGAAGCUUCCACCUAUGAUGGGGUCUUCAUCUGGAAGAUAACGGAGUUUGCCAGGAAGCGUCAGGAGGCGAUAACAGGCCGCUCCCCUGCCAUCUUCUCUCCAGCUUUCUACACCAGCAAGUACGGCUACAAGAUGUGUCUCCGUGUGUACUUGAACGGGGAUGGCACCGGGCGUGGGACCCACCUGUCCUUGUUUUUUGUGGUGAUGAAGGGACCCAACGACGCGCUGCUGCGGUGGCCCUUCAACCAGAAGGUCACCCUGAUGCUCCUGGACCAGAACAACCGGGAGCACAUCAUUGAUGCCUUCCGCCCCGACGUGACGUCCUCCUCCUUCCAGCGCCCUGUCACGGAGAUGAACAUCGCCAGUGGCUGCCCCCUCUUCUGUCCUGUCUCCGUCAUGGAAGCCAAGAACUCCUACGUGCGUGAUGACGCCAUCUUUAUUAAAGCCAUCGUGGAUCUCACAGGCCUCUAACCCUCCUCACCUUGGAGCAGUGAGCGUGGAGCCAGCCCUGCCCGGGGCAUCCCCCGCUUGUGCUGCACUUCAGGCAGGUCUCGGAGCAAGGAGGGGGCACGGAGUGGAAGGGAAAAGCCCUUCCCGAAAAGGGACCUUCGCUCUGAAUGGAAACGAGGUGUCUGAUCGGAACCCUCUUCCUGAGGAGAGGUUUGGGUGGACAUUGGCAGGCUGUGGGAUAUGGAAGAUUUCCUGCAGGGACUUGGGCGUCUGAACUGCUGCUCUCUGGGCUCCCAGUGGAAACCAAUGCAGCUCUUGCUCUACCAGUUUAGUGCGCAUCCACGGUGCUCUGUAGUAAAACAACAGUUUGCCCUGCCCAAGCUCCACCGUGGUGCAAGAGAGACACGGACUGGUUUGAUGCUGGGUUGAUGCAGUCGGUGUCUUCAGGGGGUGCGGAGCUGCAGGGCAGGGGAGCCCUGAAUCCAGCCCUUGCUGGGAGUGGGAUGGUUGGUGAGUGCUGGGAGUGUGGAAUGGGGCAGGAGGUGUUGCUGCCCAGAAGGGAGCCUGGAAUAACACCAGGGAUGCCCAUAGGGAAAGAGAAGUGAAUCUACCCUGGAGACCGUCCAUCCUGUGCCAGCAGAGGAGCCUGACACAGGGCUCAGUAUGUACCCUGAGAGCCCCAGGUCCUGCCACUCUCUGGGCAGCAUGGGGCAGGGUGGGGGCCAGGCUGGGAGCUGUCUUUGCUCACAGGCAGAUGCUCUGUGCUGGCUUCCCUCCCAUCGUGGGGCAGCUGCACCAGCCUUCCCAGGGCUCUUGCCGCUGCCAAGCUCCACGUCUGUCUGUGCCUGUGCUGCUGUGUCUGUCUGUCUGGGCACUGUCACCUCUGGCUGUGGCACUGAUGGACGGGGCACGUCUCCUGUCUGCCCAUGCAGUGGGCAGUGCCAGCCAGCCCCUGCCCUCCCCUGGGGCCUGCAGCUACCAGCAGCAGCUGUCCCUGCCCAUCGCUGGGCUUGGGAGUCGUGGGCCAGCUGGUUCCUCGUCAGAGCACUCUGGAGCUCUUCCUCUGCUCAGCCCCCUUUGAGCCUGCAGCCACCUGGGUAGGACCUGGGGGCUGGAGAAGUCCCUCAGUGAAGUGUGCUGUCCCCUUUCUGUCCCUGGGCUCCUUCCCUCUGGGCAGCACAUGUUUAACACCCAUGAGAAAAUAUCUCUCUCAGUGUUUGUGGGGAAGAACCAGCUGCCACAUCCCUGUGUGGUGCCAGCUGGUCCUUCUGAAACUGUUGUGGGUUCCUGAGCCAGGGGGGACUUGAGGCUUUGUUGCCUUCUCUGCCUGUGCUUCUGGCACCUCUGUCAGUACCCCAGGAGAUGUUUUGUUGGUGGCAGGAACCGGCUGUGAACACCCCUGCAGUCAGUGAUCAGGGGCCCUGGCUGGCUCCUGUGGGCAGCAAGGCUGGAGCGUGGCCAUCCUCCUCCAUGGCUGCCUGGAUUGCCCUGAAAGGGAGUGGCAGCUGUGCUGGGCCUGCGGGUUGCGAGGCUGCAGGGGAGGAAUUCCCAAAGGCCCCCUGCCGCCAGCAGCUCCUGCCAGGUGCCCAGCCCUGGCCUGAUGGCUGCAGAGUCCACCCUUGCUUGUGGUGUGUUCCUACCUUGGCUCUGGCACAGCCACCCUGGCAGGGCCCAGGACACCAUUAGGUGAGGGACUGUGACCUGACGGGGAUCCCUGUAGGGUCUGGCUGUGCCCCCACACACUGGCACUGCCCUGACCUACCCCUGGGGCUGUUUGAGGUGUCCCUGCUGCUGCCCAGGGAGCUCGGUGGUGCCCAGUGUCCUCCAGGCUGAUCUGAACCUCCCACAGCCAUGGCUGCUGUGCUGACCAGGGGCUCUCCCUGUCUUUGAGCCCCCUUUGGAGUCUUUGUGUAGAACUUGUCACACCUGUGUGUGCAGGGAGCAGGAGAAGGGGGACAGGAGCCUGUGCGGGACAGAAAUGGCAGGGGGAGGAGGCAGGACCCUUCCUUUGUGCAAGUCCCCUCCAGCCUGUCCCAUGGGACAUAUCAAGCCCUGUGCUGCUGCUUUCACCCUGUGCCUUAGGAGGAAAAUCCAGCCUAGCAGAAGCCCUGCUCCCACCCACUGCAGCUCUCUAGGGAGGCUGAGAAAAGCCUGGGAAGGGAGAGGAAGGUCAGCUCUUCUCAUUGAGUGGUUGUGAAUAAAGUGUGUUAUGGGGGCGGUGCUU